UCGGAUGCAAGUAAAUCCCCACAUCACAUCUGAGAUUGUUUGCUCUUUCAGCAGCAUCAUCCAUCUCCGCGUUUGAGUUGUUCAAGUCUUUAUUCCUAAUCCAAAAGUACAAAUGGGUUUGAUAAAAGCUGCGUUAAUCCUCGUGAUUUUCACGACACUGGCUUACUUUGUACUACCCGGCAAUGCCACCAAUUCCGAAAUGGCAAAGAAGAGUGAUCUCGUUUCCCCCAUCUACAUUCAAGAUUUGAAUGCGGACGAGCACAAAAUGAAGAAGUUCAGAGGAUACGGAGGAGGUGGUGGAUAUGGGGGAUAUGGAGGAUAUGGAUAUGGUCAUGGAUAUGGGGGAGGGGGAGGGGUUCGGCGGAGGCGGAUAUGGAGGAGGAGGCGGGGGUGGAGGUGGUGGAGGCGGUGGAUCAAGUGAAGAAGGACGUUGAACCACUUGCAAAUUUGCUUAAAGACCUUUAACAAGGACCAGUGAAAUUAUUAUUGGUGAUCUACAAAAUUUUUAAAUUAAAAAAAAAUUAUUUAUUUAAUUUAGCAAACGAAAGAGAAACUCGACUUUCAUAUUUUAUCAAGCAAAACUAAUGAGUAACAUUUCAUAAUGUUCUAUUUCUGCAUCCGUUUCAGUGCUCUGUAUACGUGCGUGAUUAUACAAACAAGAAAUAAACGAAAACAACAGAUA